AUGUCAUUAGAUGUACCAACACUAACAAAGGAAAUACAAGUACCUAGCACAGGUGAUAUAGAAAUAUCACCUAAUGGAACUCGCCGGUUUUGCAAAGAACAUCGAACACAACGCAUAUCACUACUGAAUACAAAUCAAACACCGCCGAACCAAGCAGAAAACGAACAACAGGAACAUACUGAAUUAAAAUAUAUGUUAUCACAGUCAGUAGAAGAUAAUAAUUUAAGUCAACUACGAAAUAGUAAACGUCCUCGUAUUGAUGAUAAUAGAUUUGAUACAGUAGUUGUGUCACCAUCUAGAGCAUGUGAAUUGCAAACACGUACUGGACCUCCAGCGCGAUGUAAUGAGUUUAUGUGGAAACAUUUAUGCGCGGAUAACAAAAAUUGUUCUUUUAUACGUUUGAAUCAACAACGACAUAGUAUACCUAUCAAAGAAACCUAUCAAAAUAAAUCAACUCAAAUGGCAUCACUAUUGACAGAUAGUACUGAUUCAAUAGAAAAUAGUAAAAAACGAAAAACAAUCGAUGAUACCAAUAGUAAAUCACAUAUUGUUUCAAAAAGAAAUUCUACUAGAAGACAACAAACAGAUUCGAGUAAAUCAAUCACUUCAAAUCUCGCCAUAAAAUCAUCUGCUUCUGAUAUCCGUGCGAAAGAAAACAUAAUUGAAGAACCUAUUUUAAAUGAAUUUAAUAUAGUGUUAUCAUCGAAAUCCUACCGACUUGAUGUAUAUUGUCCAUCUAUGGAAAUUCCUAUUCAACCUCCCUCUCCUACUGAUUAUGAUUCAUCAACAUCUGCAAUUAUUGAACAGUUCGGAACUAUAAUUAAAAAAGAAAACGGAAGAAGAAGAAGCAGAAUCAUUGAAUUUGUCAUGUCAACAAAUCGAGACGAAGUAAAUGAUAAAGAUUUAUUAAUACCAUAUAUUAAAUGCGAAGAUAAUACAAAUGACGACUUCGUCUAUGAUCAAUCAGCGGAAUUCAAUGACAAAAAAGAUCGCUGGUCAAAUGCAUUAUCAACAUCGGCAAGGGUAGCAGCAUCAUUAUCUUCAGCUCAAAAAGGAAAAAUUGAAGUUACAAGUAAAGGGCGUCGAAAAAUUUUCGAUGGAGUUCGAUGGCAAAUCUUAUGCAAAAGACCAGAAUGUCGGAAACAAACAAAUAAAAAGUCUCUUUGUAUAACACAUUACAAAGAAGAAUAUGAAGUCGACAAGCAAUCAUCAUGGUCGAGUAGUAUUUCAUCGUUUCAAGUUCCUUCCUAUCAGCAACAACGACAUUCAUUCGAGAAUACCCACACUGAAAAUGAAGAUCAAAAUAAUACAAUAACUACAACAAAUAUAACUGACAAUGAUGAACAUGCAUUGUUAAAUUCAAAUAAAAAACAAGUCAUUCGUGAAGGUCAAAUACAAUAUAGGCCCGAUGGCCGACGAUUUGUAUUCAAAAAUAGUAAAUGGCUACCAUUGUGUAAAUAUGAUAGUCUUUGCCGUAAUACAGCUAAAUAUGAUUUACUAUGUAUUAAACAUUUACAAUUAACACAACAAAAACGACAGGAAGCAUUAAAAUUUCAUAGUAAUGAUCAUCGAGGUUUACGUUCAUCUAUUUUUUCUAAUGAUACUGCAAAGCGUUUGAAAACAAAUAGUGAAUUUCAAAUAUCUUCUUCAUCUAUUACUGAACAGUUUAAUAUUAAUGGUCGCGAAAAUCAUAAUACAGCGACCAAACAAGUCAACGGUGAUUUUUCUUCAGUAACAUCUAAACCAACUGGUCAUGAAAUCGAAAUAUCAACAAGAAAAAAUUUUAAUAUUUUAUCAUCUGAUAAGUCCUUAUUUGAUAAACAAAAAUCUACGCUAACGACUGAUCAGUCAGUCCAAACUGAUUUAGCUAUACCAUUAUGCUGUAUAAUACAUCAAGAAGAUCAUUCGUUUUAUUCAUCAUGUCAAAAUAAUAAAUCAACAUCUUCCAGUUUAUCUUAUGAUACUAAAUUUGAGCCACAAUGUUUUAAUAGAAAUUUUUCCACAUGA